GUGCUCCCUGUCUCCAGCUUCACCGGCGGGGGAGUUUCGACGAAGUUCCCCCGGCUGUUGCGUUGGCAGUUUGACCGUGAAGAUGCUUCUCGGGGCGCUCGCCGUGUUACUGACUCUGCUCAGCCUCACUGAGAGCAAACAGAAAGACUUUUACACUUUUAAAUUAGUCAACAGCAGGGGGAAGUUAGUGUCCCUGGAAAAAUACCGGGGCUCGGUGUCCCUGGUGGUGAACGUAGCCAGCGAGUGCGGCUUCACCGAGCAACACUACAAGGACCUGCAGCAGCUCCAGCGGGACUUUGGGCCGUAUCACUUCAAUGUGCUGGCGUUCCCCUGCAACCAGUUUGGGCAGCAGGAGCCCGGCAGCGACAAGGAGAUCGACAGCUUCGUGCGCGGAGUCUACGGCGUCUCCUUCCCCCUGUUCAGCAAGAUCGCCGUCGUAGGAACGGGAGCCAACAAUGUCUACAAGUACCUCGUCGAGUCGUCUGGCAAGGAGCCUGACUGGAAUUUCUGGAAGUAUCUAAUUGAUGUGAAUGGCAAAGUGGUGGACGCAUGGGGACCAAAAGUUUCCGUCAAAGAAAUCCGACCAAAAAUAGCCGAAAUGGUGCGGCAGAUCAUCCUAAAGAAGAAAGAAGAGCUUUAGCCCCCUCGUUUGAAGGCCAUUCGCUACACAGUGAUCUGCAGCUCGAGAUUUCACCGAAGGGAUGGACUGAACACGUUUAUGUGGCUCGUACGAUCCGGCUUCGUUAGAACAAACCAUUCAAUUCACUUCACACAGCGAAAGCAAAUCCUACUUGCUUUCUGAAAGCACUGAUUAAAACACCACUAUGUUUUUUUUUUUACAGUCAAAGUCAACUUAAUGGAUCAGGUGUGUGACACUCGAAGCUGCAGUUUAAAGCCAAAGAGCUCCUGUUUCGCUGUUUGUUAGUCACGUGGAUUAUAUGUUCGGUGUUUUUUUUAUUCAUUCUGAUCUGUGGAAUA